UGGUAUCAAGGAACACGUCCAGCAGUGUUCGAUUUAAAGAAAAAACGACGCUUACACGACGUCGUCGGAGUCCAGCUGGAGUUCACGCGGUCUUCUGCUGGCUGUUACUUAUUAGAAGUGCGUCCGCUCGUGUACUCCUGUAAUACCUGCUACUUUAAAACAGCUGAUCUGUAUCGUGCGCAGAAUAGAAACAAUUAAUACUAGCGAUCAUGGCUGUGCGCUGAAUUCUUAUCUGCUGAAAUAGAUUGUGUAUUCUACGUGUCCAUAGUCUCAAACCGGGAGAGCCAACAUUGACUGGAAUAACGGCGAAACAUGUUGAACAAAGAACAAAUAAAAAGUCAGGAGCCAAAGCGACCAGUUCGGGUUUGGUGUGAUGGCUGCUACGACAUGGUACAUUUUGGACAUGCGAAUCAAUUGCGGCAGGCAAAAGCGAUGGGGGAUUACCUUAUUGUCGGCGUACACACAGACGAGGAGAUCAUCGCUCAUAAGGGUCCACCCGUAUUUACGGAGCAGGAACGUUAUAAAAUGGUGCGAGCUAUCAAAUGGGUGGAUGAGGUCGUCGAAGGCGCACCGUAUAUUACGUCAGUUGAAACACUGGACAAAUAUCAGGCAGACUUUUGCGUGCAUGGAGAUGAUCUUACGAUGGACGCGUCUGGUCAGGAUACAUAUCGUUUCGUAAAGCAGGCUGGGCGUUAUCGUGAGUGUCGUCGGACAGCGGGUGUUUCCACUACAGACCUCGUUGGUCGAAUGUUAUUGAUGACUAAACAACAUCAUAAUCUGGGACCAAGAGAAUAUGGAGUUGACAAAGAACAUGCAGGAAAUAUAUCGAAGUUCGAUUUUAGGUUAUGUAAACAGAAAUGUUGCCAGCAGAACAGGUUCGCAAAGUUCGCUGAGCUUUUUUUCAUCUUUGUGGAAAUACCAACUUCACGAAACAACACACAGGACGAGAAGGCCAGCACGCCCUCACAUGAUUCGUCAACCCACAGCCCGUGGACAGGAAUAUCACAGUUUUUACCUACUACUCAGAAGAUCAUUCAGUUUUCGGAAGGAAAAGAACCAAAGCCGACGGACAAAAUCGUCUACACAGCGGGCGCCUUCGAUCUCUUUCAUGUCGGCUACGUUGAAUUUUUAGAACGAGCUAAAAAGCUAGGCGAUUACCUCAUUGUUGGUCUGCACACAGAUCCUAUUGUUAACAGGUACAAGGGAUAUAACUACCCUAUAAUGAACCUUCAUGAGCGUGUUCUGUCGGUGCUUGCCUGCAAAUUUGUUAACGAAGUUGUGAUUGGUGCACCUUAUUACGUCUCAAAAGACCUCAUGGAACAUUUUCGGGUGUCGGUAGUCGUUCAUGGUACGACGAAUAUUAUGGCGGACGUCGAUGGGCGCGAUCCGUACGAAGAGCCCAGAAAACAGGGAAAGUUCGUACAGGUGGAAAGCGGUUCGUCGGUCACAACCCACGAAAUCGUCACGCGAAUUAUUAGCAAUAGGCUGAGAUUCAAAGAGCGCAAUGAGAAAAAGGAAGCGAAGGAACUUGCGGCGUAUCAUGCGUUUGUGAAAAACCGAGAAAAACAACACACAAUUGACAACAACACCGGCGGAAACUGAGUGAGAAGGAUGUAUGUAUGUAUGGCCUCCUAUAGAAUACCUACAUAGUAACUACGUGACUACCUCUGUGAACGGAAGCUCUAAAUUGAUUUAACAACAGUCCAUCAACUGUUCAAAUCAAACACAAUUAUGCCACUGAAGCCCAAAGGACAUUCGAUAUUUACUGUUGAGUGCAGACAAAAUGCAUACGAUACAGGAGACCACACCCAAUAAAUUUUACCGAUAUUUUGAUAGGAGGCGACUAGCUCUCCGCUA